AUGGAGCGUCAAAACAUCAAUUACCUGCUUUGUGUGGGUCCUGAGGAGGAUGACCAAUUUUUGAAUGAUGAGAAAGCACAGAUGGCCUUGCUGGCUGGAGAGGAAAGAAAUGAGGGAGAGAGUGUACGGGGACAGCCUGGGUCGGGAGCCGCAGCCGCUGAAGGGAAAGGAGCAGAAUUAAGUGGAGAAGGUCCUUCUACUUGUGGCUCCGCAGGCCUCGUGGCUAACUGGAGCCAAGAGGACCAGGGCGCCAGUGGCAUUGGCCAGGAGAGUGACAAGCAGCCAGAGGAGCCAGUCCGCGGGAGAGAGAGUGUGAGGGGUUCAGAAAAUGUGAGCCCUGGGCCAUCACGCUGGACCUGUACUCAUCCUGUGAGAGUGCUGGUGCCUGAGUGCCGCGCCAACCGCCGCUACAGGUUCACCCUACUGCAACUACAAGAGCUAGAGGGUGCUUUUCAGAGAAGUCACUACCUCACCACUGCAGAAACAAGACGUCUGGCAAGAUCCAUUGGUGUGUCUGAAGCAAGAGUACAGAAAUGGUUUCGGAAGAGGAGAGAACAGUACAGGAAUUAUAAGAGGCUGUAA